AUGCAGUAGUCUGUCGCCAUGGCCUCAGAUGCAAGUCACAUGUUGGAGGCGGCCUUGGAGCAAAUGGAUGACAUCAUUGCAGGCUCCAAGGCUGCAGCCGAGUACACCAACGGCCUGUUUGAGCUGGGCUCCCCAGGCAGCGCGGGACCCCUGCAGGUGCUGCAGCUGGUUGAGGACCUGAGGCUGGCCCUGGAGCUGCAGCCCAGAGAGGAGGAGAGGGACACCCUGAGAGCCCAGGUCCCCAGCAGCACCGCUCACAUGCUCAUGGACUGGCUUGACAUGGACAGGUACUCAGAAAGGGUCUCGGUUAACCUCUGCUCCCCGGUGAACAAUGAGAGCUAUCAGGAGCGGCUGGUUCGCUUAGAGGGGGACAAAGAGUCUCUGGUGCUCCAGGUGAGCGUGCUCACAGACCAAGUGGAGGCCCAGGGAGAGAAGAUCCGAGACCUGGAGAGCUCUCUGGAGGAGCACUACCACAAGCUCAACUCCACUGAGGAAAUGCUAAAGCAGGAGCUGCUGAGCCGGACCUCAUUGGAGACCCAGAAACUGGAUCUGAUAGAUGAGGUUUCCUACCUGAAACUGAAGCUGGUCGACAUGGACGAGGAACAGAACCACAACGACAGCAGCGAGGACCAGCAGAACAAAGCUGAGGGCUUUCUGCAAGAACUCCGAUUUCUCAAGAGUAAAGUGGAUGAGCUGGAGGGGGAGAAAUCGCAGUAUGAGAAAAAACUAAAGGCCACAAAGGCGGAGAUAGCAGACCUACAGCAGAUGCUGGCUUCCAAAGACUCUGCAAUUGAGGGCCUACAGAGCCAGCUGGUCUCCAGAGGCCCAAUGACCAAUGAGAACCCAGAGAGAGACCAAGAAUUGCAAAGGUUGAAAAUGGGGAUGGAGUCUUUAGUAGCAACUAAUUAUGAGAAAGACCGUCACAUAGAGGAGCUGACUGUUCUCCUGGGACAGUACAGGAAGAUGAAGGAGGUGAUGGCCCUCACUCAAGGGUCCAGUGAGAAGCUCCUGGUUGGGAGCAGUGAGGAGGAACUGAGUGGGAGUCUGAAGAUGAGGGCUCUCACCCAUAAAGCUCAUUCAGACAUCAUCCGGUCAGCGAUGUCUUCUAGAGGCUCCUCUCCCCUGUUAGUGUCUCCCUCGUCCUUCCAGAAAGAGCUGGACUCCAGCUGCCGCAGUAUCCAGACCUCCCUGGAGACGUCGAUGGUGAUGGUCUCCCAGAGUGAUGCUGGUUGCUUCUACAGCGGAGAAUGGUCCCAACCACGGAUGCUUUCAAGUAGCCUGGAGGAGUUACAAAGUGGAUCGUUACCAAAGCAUGUCGUGGUGGGUCAACCAGUUGAACCGGUUUCAGAGAAUCAGCACAUCGAAAUGAACAAAUAUCAGACCCUACCAGGGAAGCUGUCUCGACCUGACAUGAAUGGGGAUCGAGAGCAGUAUUCUACGCCAGACCAGCUGUCCCCUGACGAUAGCGAGGACAGUGAGUUUCACCUAAGAAAGUCGGAGAGACUGGAUGAGUCCACACUGUCAGACUUGUCUCCCCUGUCGUCUGGAGUGGACUCAGGACAGCAGUCCCCUGUCUCUCCAGAGAACAAGAAGAACCACCGGAGCAUCAAGAAGCUCUGGGGAAAGAUAAGGAAGACACCGUCUGGCAGCCUGCAGGGAGAGGACCUUGAGCCUGGAGAGUUUAAGAGGGGGGGACUGAGAGCCACCGCCGGCCCUCGCCUGGCCCGGGCCGGAGAGACAUUGACCUCUGUGCGGGAUCUGAAGACGCCCUUCUCCAAGUGGACUCCGGAGCAGGUGUGUUGCUGGCUGGAAGAGUAUGGGCUGGGCCAGUAUGUGAUUCUGGCCCGACACUGGGCCGACAGCGGGCAAACUCUCCUCUCUGCCUCACCACAGGAUUUAGAGAAGGAGAUGGGGAUUAAGAAUCCACUGCACAGAAAGAAGCUGCAGUUGGCCCUGAAGUCGUUCAGCACCAAACUGACAGAGAAAUCCUCUGAACUGGACCACAUCUGGGUCACACGUUGGCUUGAUGACAUUGGCUUACCUCAGUACAAGGAUCAGUUUCACCAGGGAAGGGUAGACGGCAGAAUGCUUCAGUACUUGACAGUGAACAACCUCUUGUUCCUGAAAGUGACCAGUCAGCUCCAUCACCUCAGUGUGAAGUGUGCUAUCCACGUCCUCCACGUCAACAAGUUCAACCCCAACUGCCUGAAGAGAAGGCCUGGAGAUGAGAACAAGACAUCUCCCUCGGAGGUGGUUCAGUGGUCUAACCACAGAGUGAUGGAGUGGCUUCGCUCGGUGGACUUGGCGGAGUACGCUCCCAACCUGAGGGGCAGCGGGGUGCACGGGGGCCUUAUCAUUCUGGAGCCUCGUUUUAACUCAGACACCCUGGCCAUGCUGCUGAACAUCCCCCCUCAGAAGACCCUGCUGCGACGCCACCUGGCCACCAACUUCAACAUGCUGGUGGGCUCCCAGGCUCAGCAGGAGAAGAGGGAGUUCAUGGAGUCGUCUGGCUACACUCCCCUCAGCACCACAGCCAAAGUCAGGCCAAAGAAGUUGGGCUUCUCAAACUUCGGCCACCUGAGGAAGAAGAGAUGUGACGACUCGACUGACUACAUCUGCCCCCUGGAGGCGGCCCAGGCCCAGGCUCAGCUCCAGGCGGUGGUGAACGGGGCCCACCGGCCCUACUCCGGCUUUAGGGGCCUCAGCCCAAUCCUGGACAGAGACCCAGACAGACGAGAGCAGAUGGCGGUGACAGAGGGGACCGUACUGCAGAUAGAAGCUCUUUCUGAGGGAAUAAACCAACUCACGUAUUUGCUAAGCCGAGACGAAGUUCUGAAGGAGAUGAGACGGGCUCAAACAGCACUAGUCUGAGAGGACGCUACGCUGGCCACACUAAUUAACGCAGCCAAUCAACCAAGGGAAACCUCUAUCUGCCUCAUACCUCAACCUAACCUCAAUGCAGGAGGCUUUACCAGCAAUCUCAACUGGCCAUACCCCUUACCUCAUCAUAAUACAGGACUAUAAUGAAUACUACUUCUGUAUUAGUGGCACGAACACAAUGACCGGUGAAGGAAUUCUGUUUUACAUGCGUCAUUGGUGUGUAGCGCUUCCCCAAACUAGAGUAAAUAGCAUGUGUUUUAUAUUUUUGGUGAAAGGUAUAGGUCUACAACACUUGAGCUUUUAGGACAUGCUUUUUCCCCUAUGCAAAUUAGCCUGUAAGAUUGCACACACUGUAUUAUUUUGUACUAUUUGACAACUUUUUUGUAUGUUUUUUUUUAGAUUAGGGUCGUUCCACUAAAUUAGUCUCUUUUGGGUAGUUUAAUUUGGUUUAAAAAAAUAUAUAUAUUUAACCUAAUUUUAACUUUCUGUCAUGAAGAGCACAUGUUCAACAUAAUAAAAAAACAUGUUUCCCCAUCUCAAGAGGUUAAAUGAAAAACAAAAGACAAUAGCAAGUGCCUAUUGAGUGGCAAAUAAAGUAACCAGGUUUAUUGUAACAGGGUUGACGAUUUCAUCUUAAGUCGGCCAUAAAUCCUCGUGUGAGAGGGGGAAUGGAAGCUUGUUUUGUGCAACGGGGAGGGUCAAAUGAAUGCAAGCUUAAAAAAAAGGAAAUUGUUAAAAACAAUUCUAGCCUGUCUAUCAGUGGGUGACAGGAUUGACGUGUCAUGUUCGACCGACAAGGGUAGAAUCAGCUCGCCUGCUUUUACACUAUGAUUUGACUAUAAGAUGUUCAAUGUUUCUCCUUUUUUUUAUGUUCCAAAAGGAAUCGUUUCACCAUAUUACAAUGAGAGUUCAGUACAUGUAACAGGGUUGACCUUAAAAUGAGGGACAUUUCUUUCUUUCUUUUUUUUUACCUUAAAAUAAAUCACAAAUCUCAUGAAUUAAAUAAUAAUAUUCAGAAAUUACUUUGACAAAGCAACAAAAUAACUAGGGCUUUCAAUGAAGGUGAAAACUUGGAGAAAUGUUGGGGUUAAAUCACAGAGGGACAUGUCAAAAUGCAGAAUUUUGGCCCUUUAGCAAGUCUUUAGGCAUAUUUAAAACCAGAUGCAUUGAAUUAUCAAUGUGGUCUAUAUUAAAGGGCAUUUAAUUUAAGAGUCUUUUAAAAUUCCAUAUUUAUGCACAAUUUCUUCUUCAAAUAUCAAAAGGAUGCAAAGGGGACUCAUUUCGUGGAACAACCCAUUACCUGGACACAUCCAUGAUUCAAACAAGGCACUAAGACAUACUGCAAACAAACACACCAACACUUAAUACAGCUAAUUUGUAUAUGACCAAUAAGAAACAGUUUUUUUCUAUGUUUCAACACAUAAUUCGCAUAUAAUUGAAUAGGCAGAUGUUGUCCUUUAAGUAAGUCCCUUUAACAGUCACCAGAAUGGAGGAUUGCUUCUGUAACAGAAGAAAUACUAAGGGAAGCCUGCUCCCUGGGAGUUAGGUAGCCCAGUGACAUGUCCAUUCCCAGGUAUAACCUGUACAGUAUGAGGAUCCUAUUGCAGGUUAAUCUGCAUCAACCCAGCACAUCACAAUAUCUCACUAGGGUUUCAGAGAGGAGAGAGGGGCUGAAGCUGUUCCAAACAUCAAAGGCAGACCCAUACUGGUGAGUUUUAAUUGACUUAUUUUUAUCAUUUGUUUCACCAUUCUAGAGCAAACAUAGUAUAAUUAAAGUAUUUUUAGGGUUGAGUACCCUUAUGUACCUUCAAUCCAUGUUAUUACAGAAGUAUAACCUAUGUCACUUUUUUUCAUGUAAGUUAUAAUUUCUACAACAAUAAACUAUACUGUUGUUAUCAAAUGUUCAGGUCAUAAGGGAAACCACCCUCUGACCUAAUCAUGUAGACAUGGGGAAGAUAGAGAGCAAACAACCAGCCCUGGACAUUCCCAAGAUAAUCUCAACCUAGUGGGAGAAACCACCAGCCUCGACCAUGACCAUUCCCAACAUGAACUUCAAUUUCUCAACCCUGUGGGGGAGGAGAGAGCAAGCCACUAGCCCCAGACAUACCCAGUGUAUUCUCCUCCCGGUGGGGGAGGAGAGAGCAAGCCACUAGCCCCAGACAUACCCAGUGUAUUCUCAACCCUGUGGGGGAGGAGAGAGCAAGCCACUAGCCCCAGACAUACCCAGUGUAUUCUCAACCCUGUGGGGGAGGAGAGAGCAAGCCACUAGCCCCAGACAUACCCAGUGUAUUCUCCUCCCUGUGGGGGAGGAGAGAGCAAGCCACUAGCCCCAGACAUACCCAGUGUAUUCUCCUCCCUGUGGGGGAGGAGAGAGCAAGCCACUAGCCCCAGACAUACCCAGUGUAUUCUCCUCCCUGUGGGGGAGGAGAGAGAGCAAGCCACUAGCCCCAGACAUACCCAGUGUAUUCUCCUCCCUGUGGGGGAGGAGAGAGCAAGCCACUAGCCCUGUGGAGAAUCCUUAACAAGCCCAACGAUUUUGUCCCUCUAUCCAAAUACUGUGUGGGGAUAGCUGCCGCCAGGACCCAGGAGUACCUCCUGUUUCCCUCGACCUGGAGGACAUGUUCCAGCUCUCAACGAGAUCUUCCUAAUAACCUACAUUACCCAGAGCAGCCACCUCCACAUGACCGACUCCUCCAACUGCACCACAAUGACAAAAGCAGCAGCACAUCUUUCUGGGUGCUGACUGGGCGUGGGCUGUGCUGGAGAGGCCCACCAAGAACCCCUGCAUCUAGAUUGCCGUGCAGAUCCUGCACCUGACUGAGAGGGGGAGGGACGACAGAGGACUCCCCCCC